AUGGUUCAAGACAGAGAUAGAUGGGGUGAGUUGGCAUUGGACGCAAAAGCUCUCAAAGAACUGCAAUGGUUAAAUACUAUAGUACUAUAUUAUAGUAUUCGGUAAAAUAAUUAGAAACACACAAUUAUUAUUAUUAUGGAAAUUAAAUUAUUUAAGUGUUUAUCUCAAAGGCAUAUGAUGCUACGGGUUUAGUGAGCCCGGAACCCCGAACUUCUACUUGUGGAAAGUGCGGAUGGGUGAUUCCAGUUGGCAUACGUAUGUGGUAUUGUUUAUGUAGGGUAGAGAAUUUCACGUAAUUGUUGACAAUACCAUUCUCCCUGCAGGAAAGGAUCAAAAUGCAGAAUACUCUCAUGUCAUAUCUACCAGACGUAUGAGGUAA